GCCCCCUCCGCAGUGCCGGGCGCCGCCGGGCUGGGAGGGAGUGUGUGAGAGUAGCUGGGCUGUGGGACCGCCGCCAUGAGCCGCCUCUGCCUCCUGCUCGGUGCCCUCCUGGCGGUGACGGCGGCCGGGCCCGCCCAGUUCUUUCGGGAGGAGUUCUCGGAUGGAGACUCAUGGACCCAGCGGUGGGUGGAAUCAAAGCACAAGUCAGACUACGGCCGCUUCGUUCUCACGGCUGGGAAGUUCUACGGUGACGCUGAGAAGGAUAAAGGGAUCCAGACUAGCCAGGAUGCACGCUUCUAUGCCCUCUCGUCCCGCUUCGAGCCCUUCAGUAAUCGGGACAAGACGCUGGUGGUGCAGUUCACUGUCAAACACGAGCAGAACAUCGAUUGUGGUGGUGGCUAUGUCAAGCUCUUUCCUGCCAGCCUGAACCAGGAGGAUAUGCAUGGCGACUCUGAGUAUAACAUCAUGUUUGGCCCUGAUAUCUGCGGACCCGGCACAAAGAAGGUUCACGUUAUCUUUAACUACAAAGGCAAGAAUGUACUUAUCAACAAGGACAUCCGCUGCAAGGAUGAUGAGUUCACCCACCUCUACACCCUUAUCGUCCGCCCUGACAACACCUAUGAGGUGAAGAUUGACAACAGUAAGGUGGAAUCAGGGAGCCUGGAGGAUGACUGGGACUUCCUGCCUCCUAAGAAGAUCAAGGAUCCUGAGGCCAAGAAACCUGAUGACUGGGAUGAACGUGCCAAGAUUGAUGACCCUGAGGACUCCAAACCUGAGGACUGGGAUAAACCUGAACACAUCCCUGACCCUGAUGCCAAGAAGCCAGAAGACUGGGAUGAAGAGAUGGAUGGGGAGUGGGAGCCCCCUGUCAUUCAGAAUCCUGAGUAUAAGGGCGAGUGGAGACCCCGACAGAUUGACAACCCUGACUACAAGGGCAAAUGGGUGCACCCUGAGAUUGACAACCCUGAGUACACCCCUGAUCCCAGCCUCUAUGCCUAUGACAGCUUUGGGGUCAUUGGCCUCGACCUUUGGCAGGUGAAAUCUGGAACCAUCUUUGACAACUUCCUUAUCACCGAUGAUGAGAAGUUUGCUGAGGAGUUUGGCAAUGAGACUUGGGGGGCCACCAAGGAGGCUGAGAGGAAGAUGAAGGAGCAGCAGGAUGAGGAGCAGCGCCAGAAGCAGGAGGAGGAGGACAAGCAGCGGAAAGAGGAAGAAGGGGACGAGGAUGGUGAUGGGGACGAAGAGGAGGAAGAAGAGGAUGAAGAGGACGAGGCUGAAAAGGAGGAGGAGGCCGGGGGGGCCCCCAAGGACGAGCUGUAAGCCCCCCUCCGGCCCCGGCCCCGUGUAAUGUCUCUGUGAGACCUGGACUUUGUUUUUUUACGGGCGUCCCGGCCGCGGUCCCUCCCCCCCCCUCCCGGCGCCGGUUCCGCCCCCCGGGACCGAGGACUCAGGAACGGCACCGGGCCGGGAGCGGCGGGGGGGGGAGGGCCGGGCCGAGGGCCGGGCCC